AUGUGCUCCAAAAGCUGUCGUUGGUAUAAAAGCAAAGAUCUGAUCGAUUUGCAUCUUACCACUUCCGUCUCCGCCCAUCCUCUCCCAGCCUCUACCUUCCAUAGCCUUCUCUUCAGCCUCGCGCUAUCUACGUCAUAUCAAUAUAUGAUUGGUCAGCCUUGUCGCCUCUAUCAGCACCAAAAAAAUUAUGGCGGGUCUGAGCAUCUUAAGACCCCGCCAUCCGUCAACAUCCCACCUCGCUCGCUCCUCAAUAUUUCAACAUCCACAGCAAAUAUGGAGUCUCACGCAGCAGAAGACCCGAAGCCAGAUGGCGCCGUCUUUGACACAUUCUUUGAUUCUAUUGGAAAGAAAGCAGAGAAUCUCACGAUCAGCGACCAGAACGGAACGAGAGACCCCGCCACCAAUGGCGCGGGAUCAACAGAUCUGCCAGACGACAAUGAGCCCAAAGUCGUUGACGAAAUCGAGAGUUUAUGUAUGAAUUGUCAAGAGAAUGGAAUUACUCGACUACUCCUCACUCGCAUACCCUUUUUCCGCGAAAUUAUUAUCAUGUCCUUCUUCUGUCCGCACUGCAACUUCAAGAACUCAGAGAUCCAAGCUGCGGGCGAGAUUCAACAAAAGGGUUCACACUACGAGCUUCGGCUACGCACAUCCGAGGACUUCGCGCGCCAGGUUGUCAAAUCUGACACAUGCGUGGUGAAAUUCAUCGAGCUCGACAUUGAAGUUCCAGCCGGCCGAGGUCAAUUGACGAAUGUUGAGGGACUACUCAGCAUGAUUUUGGAGGACUUGGAAGUCGGACAAGCUACGAGGAAAGAGCAGAUGCCGGAAGUGUAUACCAAGAUUGAGGAGAUUAUUUCGAAGGGCAAGACGAUGCUCGCGGGCGAAAGUUUCCCAUUCCGUGUCUCGCUUGACGACCCAGCUGGAAAUUCGUGGAUCGAACCAAAUCAGAAGGAUGGUGUUGGCAAGUGGUCCAAAACCGAAUACGCACGUACACCGGAACAGAAUGAAGCGCUCGGCCUCGGCGUAGGCAAUGAGCAAGAAGCCCUCGAACCAGCAGCUGCAGGUCAACCUCCUGCAGAAUCAUUCGAGUCCGACGACAUUAUUCCGAACGAAGUCUACUCUUUCCCUGCGACAUGCCCCGGCUGUACCAGACACUGCGUCACGCAUAUGAAGAUGGUGGAAAUCCCGCAUUUCAAACAAGUAGUUAUCAUGAGUACGGUAUGCGAGGAAUGCGGAUACCGCUCAAACGAAGUCAAGACUGGUGGCGAAGUGCCCGAGAAAGGCAAGAAGAUUAUCUUACAGGUCAAUGGCCCUACGGAUCUUGCACGCGACAUCCUGAAAUCCGAGUCCUGCGCCUUGGAAUGCCCAGAGUUGAAUCUCUCUGUCAACCCUGGCACCUUGGGUGGGAGAUUUACAACUGUGGAAGGUCUAUUGACACAAGUCCGGGACGAUCUUCACCAGCAGAUCUUUGAUGUUGGAGAUGACACUGGUUCCGGAGGUGAUUCGCUACCUUCUGAAGAGAAGACGACAUGGAAGUCGUUCUUCGAUGGAUUAAACGAAGCUAUCAAGGGCGAGCGGAAGUUCACAGUCGUGUUGAAAGAUCCGCUCGCGAGCAGUUACGUACAGAAUCUAUGCUCUCCGGCAGAUGAUCCACAAAUUGAGACAGAGGACUAUGAGCGCACGGAGGAAGAGGAAGAGGACCUCGGCUUGCUGGAUAUGCAGACGGAAAACUACGUCGACGAAGUGGGUGAAGAGAAGAAGAGGAUAGCGGAUGAACAAAAAGUAGAGGAUGAUAAGGACGUGAAAAGGGUUGAGGAGAGCAAUGGUUGA